CGCCGGGCGCCCCGCGAGUCCGCCAUGCAGCCGCCGCCGCCGGGGCUGGCGCUGCUGCCGCUGCUGCUGCUGGCCGCGGUGGGGCCGCCGCCGUCGGGCGCGCUGGAGCCCAUCAGCGUGGGCAUCGCCAUCGGGGCGGCGUCGGCGCUCACCGGCUACCUCUCCUACCCGGGCUUCUACUGCGGCUUCGUGGAGUGCUGCCCCGGAGAGCAGGACCGGCCCAACGGAACCGCCCUCAGACUGAAUCUGGACGCCAAACUCUUCGGGCAGCACCUGGCCAAAGAAGUGAUCCUGAAAGCCCUGACCGGGUUCAUCAACAACCCCAACCCCAAGAAGCCGCUGACCCUCUCUUUGCACGGCUGGGCCGGCACCGGCAAGAACUUUGUCAGCCAGAUCAUCGCGGAGAACGUUCACAAAGCCGGCCUGAAGAGUAAAUUCGUGCACCUUUUCCUCUCCACUCUUCAUUUCCCGCAUGAUCAUGAAAUAAAGCUGUACAAGGACCAACUGCAGAAGUGGAUCCGGGGUAAUGUGACCGCUUGUGCAAAGUCCGUAUUCAUAUUUGACGAAAUGGAUAAACUUCACCCGGGGCUGAUUGAUGCCACUGCCGCUCUCGACUACCGCGAGCAGAUUGACGGCGUGUCCUAUCGAAGAGCCAUCUUUAUUUUCCUCAGGUGGCCUGUGGCACAGCAGCCUGAUCGACCGAAACCUCAUAGACUAUUUUAUCCCAUUCCUUCCUCUGGAGUACAAACAUGUGAAAAUGUGCAUCCGGGCAGAAAUCCAGUCCCGUGGCAACGAAAUAAUCGAGACCGUAGUCCAGAAGGUGGCGGACGAGAUGACCUUCUUCCCAAAAGAGGAGCGGAUCUACUCGGUCAAAGGCUGCAAGACAGUCCAGACCAAGUUGGACUUUUACUGAGAUUUUUAAAAACCACACUGAACUGGGAAGUGGAGGACUAUAAACAUUUGGACCUUCCCGCCACCUCUACUUUUCUGACGCACUUUUUGGGGAGGGGGACGAUGACAAAUCUGUGGAUAUGCACUUUUGAAUGCUUUGUGAUAUGAGACAUGUUUUCAGGAAGCUGCUGGGGUUUUUACAGUACAGUUUGGUCUUUUCCUCCCCAACCAUCCUACCAUCAAAAGAUUGCCUUUUUAGAUUACAGAGAUGCCUUCAGAAGCACUCUUAAGUGUGCCGAGCAGUGUAAGGUGACCACUGCGCUCUCUGAAAUGGUUUCUCAUCUCUCUCUCCCUCUUGGCUGCAAAGCUAAAAAGGGAUGUUACAGGAUUCCAUUAUGUUACACCUUUUACCAGUGGCGUAUCUACCUAGGGAGAAGGGGUACCCUUGUCCCUGGGCGCCACUCUUCUGGUCACAUGGGGGGCGCAAAAUCGGCCCCCCACAUUACCAGGAAGUCCUGC